CCACCCCGCUUUAAUGAACUUCUCAUUUGCUCGACCUUUCCCACCCCUCAGGUAACGAGGUCACACCCUCAACCCGCAGCCGCACGAGACCUUUAAUAAACCCGCUGCCGCCUUCCCGCCUCACCCCGGGCGCGCACUUCCGGUCGCUGGUGCGCUCAGGAGCGCGCCCCACGUUUCCACCAACCAGCGGCUCCGCCUGCCGGCGCGGGUGCGCGCACGCACAAUUGUGCACAGGUUCGAAUCUCCGCCGCUUGACGACUGCUUCCCAGCGUACGGCUGCACUUCGGCGCCGCGUGCUGCCCCGGACCAGGCCGCCCCACCCCCUGCGGCCUCCCCUCCCACGAACCGAGUCCUCGCCCACGCGCGCCCCACCUUGCCCUUCGCCCCCGCGGUUAUCGGCGCUCGGCCUCCCGCGCCGGGCGGGCUCAGCCCGAUUCCCCGAGGCCCAUGGCCAAACGGCGUGCGGCUGAGCCGCUGACGUUCCAUGUGCCUUGGAAGCGGCUCCUGUUCUGCGACUUUCCCGAGGAGCCGCCGCCGCCGCUCUGGAUCCGGCCACCAGGGGCCUCGCAUUCCGGGCAGCCCGUCGGCGUCUCGGAGCUGCCCCGAAAGCGCAAAAUCGACGCGGGGGCUAUGACUGAGCCUUCGGCCUCGCCCAGCAAGCGCCGCGUCGGCAGGGACCCCAGCGCUCCGGUUGGCGCAGAGCGUGAGGGCCGCGGCCUGGAGACAGGCGAGCCCCCGCUGCUGACGCCGCCCGUGCGGCCCCGCGUGCCGGGGGAGGAGCCCCGGAGCGCCCGGCCCCCGAGGGGCGGUGGCGACGGCGGGGCGGGGAGCGCAGAGCCCCGGCGGGAAGAAUGGGGGACUGCACCGUGCCAGCUCAGUGAAGAAUUUUCACAGUAUAACACCUUCCAGUACUGGAGGAAUCCUUUACCACCUAUCAAUCUGACAGACAUUGAAGAUGUAAACGAAGACCACCUGUCAGAAGCAACACUUCAGGGCAAGAGUGAUGUGGUUGAGAUUGAUAUGGAGUCCUGACAGAAGGAGCUGGAGAAAUGGGUUUUUCUGAAUUUGAGGAAACAACUCUAAGUGAAUUUAUGUAUUCUUAAGGGAAAAAAGUUAUUUUUCCUACUUGUGAUAUUGUUCCCAAACCUGAAAAUGAGAAGUUGUAAAGAUGAAUGCCUGCAGUCACUGAUUCCCAAUAGGGAUUUGUCAAGGAUAUACUGCGCUUAUAGGGAAAGUUAUUUUAUUCAAGUUUUUAAUUUGAAGAUACCUGUCUUAUGAAAAGGAAUUCUGACAGUUUAAGAAAUAAAUGGGAAACACUCAAAUGUUCCUCUUGUCUGCACCAAAAAGUUAAUUUGUGGUACAUGAAAUGAAUAUUGUUUUAUAAUUGUUAUUAAUGCUUUCUAAUACAUUUUAUUGACUCUUAGUUGAUCAAAUAGCUGACUUAAACAUCUAUGCAAACUAAAAAUGUGGGGGAUUCUUUCUGAAAGCUGGUAUUUGUUUAAAGAACUUUCUCAAUGUAAAGUAGUGAGAAUUUCAGUAGAGGUAGCAUGUUUGCAUAACUUCCAGUAUUUGAUGUUUGUUAAACUCUGGAUAAUUAAAAGUGGAUAAAGAACAAUGAGGAAUGAGGAGGUGCUUCCCUCCCCACUUCCUAGGAUAACUGGAAAGAAGUUUAUCUUAUUUCUUCUUUUGAUUUCUUGGUUUGAAUUAUCUGAGGACAACACUUCAAGAAUCUUAGUUUUGAGGCUUUGUAUGAAGCUAUUUUUAAAGCAACAGCUCUGCUUCCCCCAUUCUUCCAACAUGCAGACAGGUUUGAGAACCACUAGACUAAUGGUAGUUUUUCCUGUUUAAAGGAGAAAACCUAUUUGAGCUGAAGCAAUCCCUCUAAUUAGCUUGUUUUUAAUUUGUCCUGUUGAUGGCUUUGUCACAACUAAAUUAUUGUUACUACUAUUUCAUUGUUAAAUAAAGUAAGCAGUUUGUGUUUGAGUUACAUGGGUAUCAGUGAUUGAGUUAAUUAACUUUUGUACUAAAUACAGAUUAGCUUUGUAAUUGAGUAACUAGGCCUUCCUUGUAUAUUUUCGUUGUUGAUGACAGUAGAACCAAAAUUAAAAAAGGAUUACAAAUGCCAGUGAGAGAGAGGAGAAAAACAAUGUUGAUGUGUACUGAAGGAUGUAACAUGGGUUGACAUUAAUAAGAAUAUUCUAGAACAGAAGCAAACUGUAUAGUAGUGUGAUUUGGAGUUAGACAUGGUUCAGUCUUGUACUGCCAUUUUCUACUUGUGUAACAUUAAGCAAGUGAUUUUUCAUCUCUAAGCCCUGGAUUCCUCACUUGUGAAAUGAGAAACAAUAAAUAGUAUCUACCUCA